AGUCAGGCGGUUGUGAGGACAGCCCCACGGUGCCGAAAGUCCCCUUCCCGAUUCCUCCUGUGAAGACGUAGCUGCGGCUGGCUGAGGUGGUGGUGUUCAAGAUGUCGACCAAGAAUUUCCGAGUCAGUGACGGGGACUGGAUUUGCCCUGACAAAAAAUGUGGAAACGUAAACUUUGCUAGAAGAACCAGUUGUAAUCGAUGUGGUCGGGAGAAAACAACUGAAGCCAAGAUGAUGAAAGCUGGAGGCACUGAAAUAGGAAAGACACUUGCAGAAAAGAGCCGAGGCCUAUUUAGUGCUAAUGAUUGGCAGUGUAAAACCUGCAGUAAUGUGAAUUGGGCCAGAAGAUCAGAAUGUAAUAUGUGUAAUACUCCGAAGUAUGCUAAACUAGAAGAAAGAACAGGAUAUGGUGGUGGUUUUAAUGAAAGAGAAAAUGUUGAAUAUAUAGAAAGAGAAGAGUCUGAUGGUGAAUAUGAUGAGUUUGGACGUAAGAAGAAAAAAUACAGAGGAAAGGCAGUUGGUCCUGCAUCUAUAUUAAAAGAAGUUGAAGACAAAGAAUCAGAGGGAGAAGAAGAGGAUGAGGAUGAAGAUCUUUCUAAAUAUAAAUUAGAUGAGGAUGAAGAUGAAGAUGAUGCCGAUCUCUCAAAAUAUAAUCUUGAUGCCAGUGAAGAAGAAGAUAGUAGUAAUAAAAAGAAGUCUAGUAGACGAAGUCGCUCAAAGUCUCGAUCUUCACAUUCACGGUCUUCAUCACGCUCAUCCUCCCCCUCAAGUUCAAGGUCUAGGUCCAGGUCCCGUUCAAGGAGUUCUUCCAGUUCGCAGUCAAGAUCUCGUUCCAGUUCCAGAGAACGUUCGAGAUCUCGUGGGUCGAAAUCAAGAUCCAGCUCCAGGUCCCACAGGGGCUCUUCUUCCCCACGAAAAAGAUCUUACUCAAGUUCAUCAUCUUCUCCUGAGAGGAACAGAAAGAGAAGUCGUUCUAGAUCUUCUUCAUCCGGUGAUCGCAAAAAAAGACGAACAAGAUCACGGUCACCCGAAAGCCAGGUGAUUGGUGAAAACACUAAACAACCCUGAGCCCAGGGCCAACCCCUACGGAACACCACUACUUUACCCAGGCACCACAGGUCAUCUUCUGGAUCGUCCCAUUCUGGUUCCCGUUCAAGUUCAAAAAAGAAAUAAUGUAUUAAAAUUUACAUCUUAAAAAAAAUCCAGUGCAGUGCAUGAAACAUAAUUUUUAAGAAGUUGGUGUCUUACUUGGUCAGAAGUGCUAAAUCUGCUAGUAGAGGUGCAUGUCUUUCAUUGCUUUUCAGGACAAUACAGCUGUGUUUAUUUGUGAAAUUAAAAGUAAAUUGCAUUUUAAGCCAUAAUGCCCCCAAAUAGAUGCUCUAUUUAUUGUUCAUUAUUUACAGCCAUUUGCUUCAUUUAAAACCAUCUCAGCUAUAACAGAGUACUUUGUUUCCUAAUUUACAUUCUUUUUUUGUUGUUUUUGUUUUUUUCACUUCUAAAUGUAUCUUGUCUGUUGGGUUACCUAGGCUUGCCUGAACUUUCGGCUGGGAGGCAAGACUGGUAAACUAAUUGGAAAUAUGUUUAUGUUAAUCUGAGAAAAGAAGUCAAUUUGUUUAUGUUGUUAAGCUAUGUCAAAGUGAUUCUUACCAGAAAAAAAAAAAGUUAAACUAAGUAAUAAAACAUUCAGUUGCAAAUUUAUUUAUAUUGAAAUUCCCUAUUCUGAGGGUGCCUUAGAAUCAUUGUCUUUUAUCCAGCUUUACUUUUUUGCACCAUCACAUUUACUACAAAGCAGUCUUGUAAAUCACAGAAAGAGAAAGGUAUUACUCUUUUUCUUUUUCUGACACAAAAUUUGGGGCAAGAAAGAAAGUCAAAUAGUUCAUCUCUUUUCUACUGAUAUGGUUGCCUAAUAGGAAAAACAUCUUUCAAAAUGUUUGUCUUAAAUAAAUUUGAGAAGCUUUUUGUGAUAUCUUUUAAAGCUCCAGUUAUCAAAAUAUAUUAGGAUAGAAAAGGCUAAAUCAUAGUUAAUAAGCAAAUUGAAGAAAGCUUUUGGAAUAUAUUUCUGUUUGGGUUUAAGGCCAACAGAUAUUGUGAAUUUAAGCCAGCAUUUGUGUUGAGCUGUUUAAACACAUUGCAUAUAAAGUUUUCUUCUGAAUAACAAAUGAAUGCUUAUUUCUGCAUGUUGUAAUCAGAAAUCAUUAUUUUUCUUAUCACUUGAAAUAACUUAUGGCUUAAAAUGCUUUCAGAGUUUUAUUUCCCAAAAUUGAAAUCUGGUCACUUGAGCUUCAUUUUGUUUUCUGGUUUCAAAAGAAAAAGAUUUCUCUUAACAGUAUCUUCAGUGACAAUACAAGGUAAGUAUAUUAAGGGAAAUCAGUAAUUGUGCUUGGGGGCUUUUUGCGCUGAUGUACUGCUUUCUUUUUUCCCCAUAACAUUGUCUGCUGCAGUUUAAAUAAAAAGUAAAACAUUUGAACAUAUUUAGUAGACAGACCAAAACAAAAUUAUAUUCGUUUUUUAUUUUAAAGUGAAUGUGUUUCUCUUCAAGUGAUCUAAAGAUGAAAGCAAAGAUAUGUAGAAAUAUUUUAAUAAUAUUUUUACAAUGAGCUUCCCCAUGUUUUUUAUGUUUUAAUUUUCUUUGCUAUGUUUACUGUAGGUUGCACAAGAACUCUUACUCUCUUGUAAUUGUGCCUCAGACUUUUUUGAAAGUCCACCUUCUAAAAUUUCCCAGAUGAUCCACUUGUUACCAUUGGUUUAUUCUUGUGCUUUCUGUAUUUAAAACUUUGGCUGUUCUAAGCAAGUGCAAGGUUAUAAAUUUAGCUAAUAGUAGUUUACAGACAAUUCAGAUGAUUAUGGUUUCAUUUGGUUUAACUAAGUUGUACUAGUUCAUUUCUUAAGGAAAUGUAAAUAAAGCCUGUGAGUCAAGCAUCAAGUGGUGUUUGUUAGAAAUAAACUAGAGAUUUUUAAAAAGC